AUGAGCGGCGUCAAUGAUGUUCUCAUGCUCAUACAGUAUGAAGGCGCGCUGUUUCACUAUCGCCUCGAUAGGGGAAGCUCAAGUGAUAAUGACGACAGGAGAGCACUUGCUGAUGCUACGACCAUCGCUAAAUUGACCACAACCCUAACUUUGUCUUGGCUCUAUUCCGAAUCCGUACCCCGUAACAUCGAUGAUCCUGUCACACACGAGUAUUAUUCAGAUCAUCACCAGGCUCUUGGCAUGGUUGCGUUUCGUGAAAUCGCGCCGACCGCCGUGCUCAUUGCCUUGACCAUCAGCGCCAUCCACACAUUCCAAGCGGAACCUUCAGCUAACGUCGCUAUCAAGAAUCAGAGUCACACCUUGUGCUUUUUCGCUCGCAUCGAGUCGAGAGAGAGGCCGAAAAUAUCCGCUUGUGACUUCGAUGACGAGAUUAAUGGUGAGAAUCGAUUUCGCCACAUCACAUCACCCGACGAGGGAGGGGUCAUGAACGGAUUUCCUCCCGCCCACAUUGCAUCCUUUCCCGUUCUUGCACUACCUCUUUGCAAGCUUCUCUCCUUCCCAAAUCAAUUGAUACAGUCUGCCGCAAUGCAACAAGCCGGGGAAGACACUCUUGGGGCAGCCCAAACCUCCUUUCAAGACGAGCCUUCUCCUCAACGAAUCGUCAUCUUGAAAGAACUGAACGAGUCCCAUGGGACCUCGUUGAAAGAGGGAGAGGGUAACGGAUCGCAAGAUGCUUGGCCUGACCUUUACAACAAAAUGCAGGAAUUGGUUAGAGGGGAGGUGGAAGCGCUUGCCAACAUCUUCACAAGUGUCAACGGCGCUUGCGUUCUUACGAACGUGGAACUCUCCCCAAGGUUUCCAAAGCUACAGGAGGAUGUCGAGAAAUACCUAGCGGAAGAAUCCCGCAACAAGAAGGAUCAUACCGCUCGAUUCAUGGAAUUGUGGAUACGGCCCGCUGAUCCUAGCGAUGAUGGUAUGUGCCUGCGGCAGAUCAAGGUACAGCUACGCAUCCGGCUCUACGACACCGGCAUUCGUAGGCGAGAGUGGAACGAACAUUUCAUUUGCAGGCAGAAGUGGGCGUUCUGGGAUCCAAAUGCUGAGGAUGCUUCUGACACGGAUGAUACUGCCACCCGACGAGGUUCUGAAUCGAAUUUAGUCUACAGCUUUAGUGGUACCAGCGGUACCAAUGCGCCUGACACCUCGAAGGGAACAUCUGGCAGAUCUAUACGAUACAGAGAACCCGCGCAUGUGAUCUAUUCGACUUAUAUGUAUGUGACUGUAUCUCUCAACAUGUUGUACAUCACAGUAUGCUCCGCAGGAAUGUAUGCACAUCAUGGUGAUCGACUAUCGAUACAAUCGGUUCCCGCGCUACGUGACGUUCUGUAUCAGCCAACCGCGCCACCGCCUCUCGGCCGUAGUUGGCACGUGCCAGCUAGCCCCGGUGGCUCUACUUCUUCUCCAGAGACAAGCUAUCUUGCGUGGGAUAAUCAGCCCUGUAUCAGCGAGGGGAAUGCUCCUCGCCGUCCUGGGGGAUUUUCAAACAAUCUUAGCGAAUCUUACGAUGGGCUCCGCAAGUCACGCCAAUCCAAUCUGGGUGCCGAUAAAGUCUGGCACAUGUAUUUGGGCCACGCCAAGGAAUUUCAAAUCCUGCCGGGUCAAGCUGAAAGAGGCGCCCGGAUCGACGAUACGGAGGUUUGGGCUGCUAAAUCAAAAGAGUUGCUAGGCGAUCUGGCAAUCUACCUCCGGCAGCUGAAAGCCUUCUAUUUGGAGGAGAACAAAAACACUCAGAGCUUCACUGAUGCCCGAUGGAAUUCAGUACUUGCCAAAAAACUGAAGGAUUUGAUGGGUUCGAUGAAGAAGGAAGUGGACGAAACUUUGAACGGGACUCCUUUCCGCGCCGACCGCGUCAGUCUUGAUGAGGUCGAGAUUGGUGGCUCUGAAAAGGAGUACAAGGCAAGCGUACAAAUCACUAAUAGGGCUGACGCCGCGGAUAGUGCUUUUGCCACCGUUUCUCGAUCGAUAAAAUUCCCUUUCCGGACAGACCGAAAGACAGAACCGCGAUGUGUCAUGGAAGACUCCGUUGCGACUGCGAGACGGUUUUAUACCCCGACUAUCCCGUCAUCGGUCGACGGUACGGUGCUCACCAGAGACUUCGGCUACCCGCUCGAUUUGGAUGGCAAAAUGAGUGGAACUACGGGAUGGAAGCUCGAGUCUGUUGUCUCCAACAGAUCUGUUUCCGGACCAUCGCAGACUGAAUCGGCUCAAUUGUAG